GGAGCCAGGAAGUAACAGAGCCAUGCAGCAGCACGGAUAAAGUCGACUCUGAGAGCGUAUGUUGUCAGUAGACGGAGACCUCUGGCGUGAGAGGGGGAGAGAACAAUAAUCCUGUAGUCAUAAUUAUAGCCCAAAUAAAUACUAAGUCCACCGCGGCGGCUCAGGGUGAGUGAACUAGGGUUAAGGUGAUCUUAAGAGAAAGGGUAAAGAGUCCUCACAAUAACGUAAAUAUCUCAGGAACACAUUGCUAUACUCUUACUCACUCCAUCAGACAGAGAAGACGGAAGGAAAUAAGAGCGGGAUUCAGGGUAGUUUCACGUCAACAUUUCUCUCGCUCGCAAAAAAACAUACAACAACCAAAAAUUGAUCACAUAAAAGCGUUCAAGAUGCCUCGGGUCGUCCCGGAUCAGCGGAGCAAAUUUGAGAACGAAGAGUUCUUCAGGAAACUCAGCCGGGAGUGCGAGAUCAAAUACACCGGUUUCCGAGACAGACCACACGAGGAGAGACAAGCCCGAUUUCAAAACGCCUGCAGAGACGGUCGCUCAGAAAUUGCUUUCGUGGCGACGGGCACCAACCUCUCGCUGCAGUUCUUCCCCGCCAACCUGCACGGCGAGCAGCGCCAGGCGCCCACACGGGACUACGUGGACUUCGAGCGGGAGCUGGGCAAGGUGUACCUGAAGGCCCCUAUGAUCCUGAACGGUGUGUGUGUGAUCUGGCGCGGCUGGAUAGACCUGCAGCGGCUGGACGGCAUGGGCUGUCUGGAAUACGAUGACGAACGCGCUCAGCACGAGGAUGCCUUGGCCCAGGCCGCGUUUGAAGAAGCUCGCAGGAGAACUCGCGACUUUGAAGACCGAGACCGCUCACACCGCGAAGACCUGGAGCCCAGGCGACAGCAGGAUCCCAGCCCUGGCUCCAACAUGGGCAACGCUGACGAACACAAGAUGCGCUAAGCGACGAUGGACGAUGGAUGCAAGGGUGGUGGGCAGAUCGCACGCUCACGUCUGGGGGUGGGGGGGAGGGGGGGGGGGGGGGGUUGUAUUCAGUUGGGGGUGAAGCCUCACCCUCCAACAUCUAUCGCCCAACAGGGAGACCAAAGUCCACCAUGCCAGGGGAAUUUAAGGCUAUUUUAGUUUUUAUUGGGGUGGGAGUUGAUAUUAUUAAGACUAUGCCCAUAUUACACAUCCAGUGUAUAAUUUUAGCAGUUAAUUUCAAAAGAAAAUAAGAUGACAAAUCAGUGAAGUUUCUGCCUGCCGUCCACACAAGUCUGUUGCAAACGACUGUGCCCAGAUGUAAAAAUGGGGUGUGUGUAUGGCCAUUUUUUAAAAAUCAUGUAAGAAACAGAGUUAAAAUAUUUUGACAUAGCCUUAACUGAUGGGAUUUUAGAGUUGUGGGACAGAUAUAUUGAUGAAUUGAUGUAUUGAUCAUCUGAAUGGGCCUGAAGUAGGGGGGUAGGGGCAGGGAGUUUUACUAUCACUGAUCCAAGUCCUGAGUUCCUGCAGUGGGUUUUGCACUAUGUGACAGUUCAGUUUUGCCCCACUCCUUCAUAUGCAUGUACUUCCUACAUGGUCGUAUUUUCUUCUCCUCUCCUUCUCAUUGUGACCCUACCCUAUGCAAGCUAUUAGCUCCUUUUAAUUUAGCACUAUUGUAAUGAAAUGGCAUUUCCUAUUAUUAUUUUAUUCUUCAUUUGUGUGAAAGUCAGGAUGUUUACUUUUUUUGUAUUUUUCCUUUAUAUAUAUAUUAUGCAAAAAUGUGUUCUUGUCAUGCUUUUAUAUGAAAUAACAUCACUUUGUUGAAUUGUGCUCUCAAAUGGGUAGGUUUCUGUAGGACUCACAGACAAAUAGGCUCUUCUUGUUUCACAAAUGAGGAAUGGCCUGACUUGUCUCCAGUUGCGCUCUCUCUCUCUCUCUCUCUCUCUCUCUCUCUCUCUCUCUCUCUCUCUCUCUCUCAUACACACUCGUUUUGUUUUGUAAGUCUGUCUGUGUAUCAGGUUGUAAAGACACAUGAUUUGAACAUUUUAAAAAGCAACAGGAAACCCAUAUUGAGGUCAGUGUUGCUCCGAGCAUGUUCUGAAAGAGCAGGCAGGAGAGAUGUGCUUUCUCCCAUCCUUGUUUUAUUACCCCAUUGUCGUCCUCUGAUAUUACUUUCCUUUGUUUUGAGUUUGUACCAUUUCAGGGUAUUUAAUGUAGUGCAGUUAUUCAACUUUUUUUUCUCUCUGUAUUGCUGAAUGGGAAAGUACAUUUUUAGCCAGAUCCAAAUGAUUUCUCCCAUGAAAGAUAUUUAUUAAUGUUCAUGUUUCCAUUUGACUGUGUUGUUACUAUCAGGAGACCUGUUUCCGAGGAUUUUGUUUUUAAUCAUGAUCUGUUUUGGCUCUUUCAGUCAUUUGUCUUGGCUCGUUCAGCCAGUCUCAACCUAGAGCCAUUUAUGUUUUUCUUUUUAUUAUCAUUUUCUUUUUUUCUUUUCGAUUCUUCUUGCAGGUGCUCAUAAUCCAGUCCUUCAAUAGUUUUCAUUAUUCACAGCACAGUACUGACCCUCCUCUUUAAGAUUACCCAUAUGGUGAGGCAGUGGUAUUAUGGAAUGGGUUUCAUCUUGUAUGUCCACAAGAUGAAGAUUCACAAGGUGAAUCACUCUGACAUCCAUUGGAAUUGUAGUAAGGCUUCAAAAAUGUGUAUUCUGCUAUUUGGGCAUACCGUUACUAUUCAUACGUACAGAAAGUCCAGAGACACAGGGCACCUGUGAAACAAACUGCAAUCAGAAUAAUAGGCCUUCUGGCCAAUAUGGAAAAAAACUAACCGUAAUCAUGACGGUAUUGUUCAAUGCUCUUUUUUCAAUUCAUAAAAUAAUUACAUUUAAAUUUAAUCAAGAAAAAGAUUGGACAAUUGGGACUAGGAUUACAGACUAUACAUUUCAAAUCAAAACUUUUGUUUACUGGACAGGACAGAAUCAUGGGACAACACAUACGAUAGUAUGAUUUUAAGGAACUGUGCAUGAAAACAUGUAAUAUGAAGAAAACGUUAAUGCUAGCAAUUAGUUGGGCCCAGUCAUAUUCUUUGUCACUGAUGAUUAAGCUGUUACAACUGAUGGUUCAAAUACUUUUCUAACCCAUUGCCCAUUCAUAGUCUGACUAUUUGCACUGUAAUGCAGUCAGUUUACACUCAUAGGCUACACAACAGUUGGUACGACUCAUCUGGAAAGAGGAUUACUAUUGUCACAGAUCUGCACAAUAAUAAUAAUAAAAAAGCCUCCCUCAGCAAAAUGUGAAAUUAAAUAAUCUUUCAUCCUGUUCUAUUACACAUUUCUUUUUACUUUUGAGGACAAGUUGAUGCAUCUGAACAUCACUCUGAAAAAGUGUUUUUCUCUUCCUUUUCAAGUUAAUAUUGUGUAGCAACAGCUUCUGGUGAGUCUUGCCUGUUUUACAGUUACAGGAGUGUUAGUUUUCCCAGAGACCAAGUGGGUAUUCAGCAUAAAAGAAAAGAGGGCUGGAAGGCUGUGGCGUUUCAGUAGAAAAACAGGUGGUGGUUUGAAGGUGCUCUUUGGCUGAGACAUAGAAGAAAGACAGGUUGCCAAGGCAUUCUUCUAAGAUAAAGUUACCAACAAUUUACAUUAUUUUUAAUUGUUUAAGUUCUAACAUGAACAAAUUCUUUAUAUUAAAGCGGUUUUAUCUUAAAAUAGUGCCUUCGGCAUCCUGCAUUUUUUUGGGUAUUCAGCAUGUUAUUGGUUGUGUUUGGCAGAGAAGGUGACAGAGAGUUGGGAAUCCCCUAACAUUAAUGGAGGCUGCAGCAAGUCAUUUCUGUUAAAUAGGGAAAAGAAAAGAGGUACUCAUUGCAUUAUCAUUAUUAUUAUUAUUGCUAUUAUUACUGUUGUCUAUUAUUGUUUUUAUUUGGUCCCUCGUUACAUUCAAAAUUCGUUUCUUUUGGGAUAAUUAUGUCCAAUAAUGUCACUUAUGACAACAAAGUAUCGGUCCCAAGACAGCCAUAUCUGAAGUUUAUUCACCCUACAGCUUUAAUUCCAGUCUAUUA